AGACAACCCGCCACUGCUACCCCAUGCCAGCACCCAUCUACCUCUUACCCCCCUUCUUGCUCUGCACCCACCGCCCACUGCGCCAGCAAGCACCCCCACCGCUGGCCAAGCGCUAGUAGCCCGGCAGUCUUGGUGGAAACUCAAUCAGGACAAGCUGGACCGUGUAUACGACUUUAUGGCCAUGGAGUUGGAGGCUCGACAGGAGGCAUUACGCGAAAAGGAAAGACAGCUUAAGGACGAGGAGGAAAAAAGGAAGAUCAAAGAGGCCGAAGACAAGGCGAUUAAGAAGGCUAAGGCGAGGCAGGAAUUCGAAGAACGGAUCAGCAAUAUCAUCAGGUCCAAGAUCAACGACGCCUGUGAGCUCUUCCUCGGACGUGCGGACCAGGCUAAAGCAGCCAUGGCGGGUGCAGAUGGUCGACGACGGAUGGAUUUAGAAAAUCCAGGAAUCCGACAGAUCGACAUUGAGAAGGAACGAAUGGACAGACAGAUCGAGUUGCUGCGGCAGGAAUACGAGUGCAUCAAUAAGAAGAUGGACGAAAUAGGGAAGGCGAAGGUGAUCGGCGUAGGCACACCUACCUCCCAAGACUUCGAGAAACUGCUCAAAGCAUAUAACACCGUGAAGGAAGGGAAGCGGAUUGCCGAUUUGGAAGUCCUAGCUCUCAGGGACAGAUUUGAAAAGGCAGUAGCCAAGCUCGUGAGGCAGGGCCGUACGCCACGUGCAAACCUCACGAGAAGAAUGUAUGAGGCCACAGACGAUGAAGAACAAGAAAUUCUCCCAAGGCGCGAGGAAGGGCUUGACGAUUUGACCAUCAGGCCAUCACCGCCAAAGAGUACGUCUGAGCGGCUGGCGACGAAGGCUGCAAUAGUGGAGAGAGCGGAGUUCCUCAAGGAGACGAAGAAGUACUUGAAGAGGUUGCGGAAGCAUGGGCUCCAGGUCCUGUGUGGUAAGGAAGGGAUCACGUUCGUGACCUGUGAGCAAGCCAUCAACAACAUUGCUGAACUUCGGACUGCGACAACUUUCGAUGAGCGAGAAUCCGGACGGAAGGUGGUACCAGACUCCGAGGCUGAGGAUGGCAGAGAGGAAGAACGUGAUGGGACGGACGGACAAGAGACGCAACCAGUCAACAUUGACGAUGAGGAUCGUAUAGCAGAUGAUUAGAGGUGCGGCCCAAGCGUGCGAGCAGUAUGGAGACUGAUGCAACUAUGUCUCUCACUCCGACAGGGGAAGAUAGGAUUACUGAACUCCGAUCUC